AUGCCAGACUCAGAACCAUUGGAGCCAUUAAAUCAGGAAAGUAGCUCAAAUACGGAGCAAUUGAAAUUGUCCACUACUCCUAAUAUUCCUGCUCGUCCACAAACAAGACCACAGAAACAAUCAACAACAACAACAACAACGGUACCUACUGAUCAAGACUCAACUACCGAGACAUCAUUAGAAAAACCAUUAGAUAAUCCUCAAGAUGAACUAGACGAAUUGGCUCAUGAAAUUGAGAAAGUCUUAAGUGAUCCUGUGAUUCCACCUCGUCCUCAACAUGGAUCGUCGACAAAGUCAAGUGAAACACAAACAGAACAUAAAGAACAUGAUUUUGAGCCAGCACAUCCAGCUAUUCCACAACGUCCUACGAAUAAAAAGGAAACAAUUCAAUCAGAGGUGGGUGACCACAACAAUGGUCUUGAAUCGAAAUCUGAUUUGAAGGUGAAUAAAGAAACCUCAGAUGAUCUGGUAUCCACUGACAAGGAUAAAGUACAUAUCAAACCCUCUAUUCCUACUAUACCAUCUCGUCCUCAAAGCAGAAAUUUGGACUUUUCUGAAGUUGACAACACAAAACCAUCAACUACUCCAAGUAUUCCUGCUCGUCCUCAAAGACAAAGUACAACAACACAAGAUGAAUACAAGCCACAAGCUUCAAAUACACCUGACAUUGUAACUCGUCCCCAAACUAAAACGGAAAAGUCAGUUCUGAACGAAGAAUUAGAUAAACCAGGUGAUGAACCCCUGUCAAAGGACCAAGACAAUGAAAGACACACAGAUGAUAGUAAUGCCUCGAAAUCAAUUCUUGAAACUGAAAAAGCCGUAGCACAGGAAGAAAAGAAAGCUAAGAAGAGUGACGUUGACAAUAAGCCAUCAGAACCAACCACCAGCACAGAUUCAUCAACAGAACCAACAGCUCCAGCAAGAGGUUUCAGAUUACCUUUACAUAUGCAGCAAGGUAGCGGACCAAUAUCUACAAGUACACCAGUUGCUGGAUCUGAAGCCGAAUUGAAUUCAUUGAACAACUCAAAUACUUUUGGUGAUGGAGAAGUCACUCCAGGAAACUCUGAUACCAAAGCUACAUUUAAGAAUGAUGAAGAUGUAGAAAAUGAAAACAGAACUGACUCAUCAAGUUUUGACGAUGAUAUGGAAACAAUUUCACAAGAUAACGAGGAUGGUGAACAAGAUCGCCGUAACCGUCAAGAAACAGCAACAGAAGAGAAUGCACAAGAAAGUGAGGCACCACAAUUUGAAACCACUAUUAUUGAAUCUGGUGAAACUGAAGAAAGAGACGGCGACGAUACAGAUUCGGGUGAGUUAUACUCAGAACAGCAACAAAACAAGGAAAAAGAAGAAACUGUUCCGGCUACUAGUACCCCAAAAAUACCUCAACGUCCACCAAAGAAACUGUCUUUAUCAAGAGCAACAACCAAUGAUUCGUUAACAUCAUUGAAUAGCACUUCAAAACCACCAAAACCAGUUAUCUCGAAAAGACCAACUACUGAGGAAUCUUUGUCUAACAUAGAGCCAACAAUACCAAGCAGACCAGCAAUUAAUCAAAUUCCAUCAGUUGGCGAAUCCCAACACGAGCCAAUUGUUCCAAACAGACCGGGCAAUAAAGACUUAGCAUCAAGUCAAAAAGAUACACAAGUAUCCGUGAAACUGAAGCCACCACCACCAAAACCUAAAAAAUUGUCAUCCAAGAUUGCUGCUUUUCAACAGCAAUUGUUCAAUCCCGCUAAUGCUUCCUCCGAAGAAGAUGUUAGUUCAACUGGGUCUAAACAACCAGAGUCAGGCAUUAGAAAAAGAUCUACUGAAAAUAGUGUAUUACUGAGAUUUGGUGGGAAAGCGAUUCCAUUACCAGGUAUGUUUAAUCCUAAUCAAAUGCCCAAACCUUCUAUAUCUCAUGGGGAAGAAACAUCUGAUGACAAAGAGGAAAAACAGGAAAGUGCAACUGCAAAUGCACCUGUUAGAAGAACUAGAGGUCCAAGAGGUAAGAAAUUACCAAAAGCUGUUGCUGAUGCAGAAGUUAAAACAGAAAGUAGAUUUGCCAUAGAACUGGGUAAAUUGUGGAGCAUUGAAUUUAAAAAGAAAAUAGUAGAGGAGAAAGAAAUUAUUUCUACUAGUGUUGAAGAUUUGAAAAAGCCAAAGAUACUUUCUGAAAAUGAUGAAGCUGGUGACGAGAGCAAAGAAACUGCGGUUGAGAAUGAGGUAAUAGAUAACCCGGAGAUCCCUGUUAAAGAUGAGUUGCAACACGAUGUUGUAGAUGUUGUUGGACAUCCUGAGAAAGAUGUAGUUACUGGCUUAGAUGAUGAUGACGAGGAUGUACCUCCUGAAGUAAAUGAGAGAUUUAUUAAAGAUGAAGAGAUUUCAAAUGUCGGUGUUGAAAGAACUAUUGCACUGGAAACAACCACAGAAAAGCAUUCAACUGAUGAAGAAGAAGUAGAAGAAGAGGCUGAAGUGGACUCUGUUGACAUUCCAAUUCGUCGAGUUGCGGUAAACACAGUUGAUUCAACUGAGGUUCAAAAAGAUGUCGAGGACGAACCUUAA